CCUCAGCCAACCUCAACUCAUCACUACCUUUUCCCACAAACCAACAAUGGCAGAACAUAUCACCAAAACACCACACGUUCUACUCUUCCCCUUUCCUACUCAAGGCCAUAUAAACCCUAUCUUCCAAUUUGGCAAACGCUUACUCUCCAAAGGUGUCAAAACAACACUUGUUACAACCAUAUAUAUCAACUCUACCCUCCCCCACAACACCACCACUAACAUGGAAGCCAUUUCUGACGGUUUCGAUGAAGGUGGUAUAUCGAGUGCAGAUAGCUCUGAAUCCUACGUCGAAACGUUCAAAGAAGUUGGGUCCAAAUCACUAACUAACCUGAUCAAGAAGUUUCAAAGUGAGGGAAACACCAUUGAUGCAAUCAUCUAUGAUUCUUUCAUUAUAUGGGCUUUGGAUGUGGCCAUGGAGUUUGGGAUAAAGGGUGCUUCGUUUUUUACUCAAGCUUGUGCUGUAAACAUCAUAUAUUAUCAUGUUCAUAAGGGUAUUAUUACUUUGCCACUGGAUGCACCUGUUUCAGUUCUAGGGUUGCCUCAGUUUGAAUGCUUGGAGACGCCAUCUUUUGUACACAAUUAUGGAUCAUACCCUGGUUGGAGUGAGCUUAUGUUCAAUCAGUUCGCUAAUAUUGAUCAAGCACGUUGGGUCUUGACAAAUACUUUCUACCAACUCGAGGAAGAGGUGAUAGAGUGGAUGAGAAAGAUGUGGAAGUUAAAGGUAAUCGGUCCAACAAUUCCAUCCAUGUACCUUGAUAAACAACUUGAAAAUGAUAAAGAUUACGGAUUCAGUCUCUUCAAGCCGAACCACAUUGAAUGCAUGAAUUGGCUAAAUGAUAAGCCAGAAAACUCAGUUGUUUAUGUGUCAUUUGGGAGCUUGGCACAACUUGGACCUGACCAAAUGAAAGAAAUUGCAUGGGGUUUAACUGAUAGCAAUGUGAAUUUCUUGUGGGUUGUUAGGGCUGCAGAACAGGGAAAACUCCCAAAAAAUUUUGUGGAUGAAAAAAUACCUAGAAAAGGUUUGGUUGUGACAUGGUGUAUACAAUUGGAUGUGUUAGCACAUGAAUCAGUGGGAUGCUUUGUUACACAUUGCGGGUUUAACUCAACUCUUGAAGCAAUAAGUCUAGGAGUCCCAGUCAUUGGAAUUCCUCAAUGGACUGACCAACCUACAAACGCUAAGUUGCUUGAUGAAUUUUGGGGUGUUGGAGUGAGAGUUAGGGCUGAUGAGAAUGGGAUAGCUAGAAGAGAAAAUCUAGUAUCAUGCGUAAAAAAGAUUAUGGAGGACGAGGAAGGAGUGGUAGCCCGAAAGAACGCUGAAAAAUGGAAGGAACUGGCAAAAGGAGCUGUUGAUAAAGGUGGAAGCUCUUACAAUGAUAUCGAUGAAUUUGUAUUUGAACUAAUGCAUAAUGCAUGAAUCAAGAUUGGUGUGUAAUACUCAUAUCUAAGAUUUAUCGAAUAAGGAUUAAGGUUUUAUCCACAUGACUCUACUGUUUAUAAUAGUUGAAAAGCUACCGUGAGUCCGUGACUGAUUUUAUGUGUUA